GGUCCUGGGGUGCUGAGCAGCAUCUGGGAACACGCCAGCCCUGGCCACCUGCUGCCCCUGAACCUUUGCUGCUGAAGCCCUGUGUGGCCACCCCUGCGAUAAGGAUGUGUGCCCCCAUCGGGGGGCUGCUCACAGCCCUCGUGGUGGUCUUUGGGACGGCGAUGGCGUUUGCACCCAUACCCCGGAUCACCUGGGAGCACAGAGAGGUGCGUCUGGUGCAGUUUCAGGAGCCAGGCAUCUACAACUACUCCGCCUUGCUGCUGAGCGAGGACACGGACACCCUGUACAUUGGCGCCCGGGAAGCGGUCUUUGCCGUGAACGCACUCAACAUCUCCGAGAAGCAGCACGAGGUACAUUGGAAGGUCUCAGAAGACAAAAAAGCGAAGUGUGCAGAAAAGGGGAAAUCAAAACAGACGGAGUGCCUCAACUACAUCCGAGUUCUGCAGCCGCUCAGCGCCACGGCCCUGUACGUGUGCGGGACCAAUGCGUUCCAGCCCACCUGCGACCACCUGAGUUUAAUAUCCUUUAAAUUUCUGGGGAAAAACGAAGAUGGCAAAGGAAGGUGUCCCUUUGACCCAGCGCACAGCUACACGUCCGUCAUGGUUGAUGGAGAACUUUAUUCUGGGACAUCGUAUAAUUUUCUGGGAAGCGAACCCAUCAUCUCCCGAAAUUCUUCCCACAGUCCUCUGAGAACGGAGUACGCGAUCCCCUGGCUCAACGAGCCUAGCUUCGUCUUCGCCGACGUGAUCCGAAAAAGCACAGACGGCACCGAUGGUGAGGACGACAAGGUCUACUUCUUCUUCACGGAGGUGUCUGUGGAGUACGAGUUUGUGUUCAGGCUGCUGCUCCCGCGGGUAGCGAGGGUGUGCAAGGGGGACCAGGGGGGCCUGAGGACCUUACAGAAGAAGUGGACCUCUUUCCUGAAAGCCAGACUGAUCUGCUCCCGGCCGGACAGCAGCCUGGUCUUCAACGUGCUACGGGACGUCUUCGUCCUCAGGGCCCCGGGCCUGAAGAUGCCCGUGUUCUAUGCACUCUUCACCCCACAGCUGAACAAUGUGGGGCUGUCGGCAGUGUGCGCCUACAACCUGUCCACGGUGGAGGAGGUCUUCUCCCAAGGGAAGUACAUGCAGAGCGCCACGGUGGAGCAGUCCCACACCAAGUGGGUGCGCUACAAUGGCCCAGUGCCCAAGCCACGGCCUGGAGCGUGCAUCGACAGCGAAGCUCGGGCGGCCAACUACACCAGCUCUCUGAAUUUACCAGACAAAACGCUGCAGUUUGUCAAAGACCACCCUCUGAUGGAUGACUCAGUGACCCCAAUAGACAACAGGCCCAGGCUAAUCAAAAAAGAUGUGAACUACACUCAGAUCGUGGUGGACAGGACUCAGGCCCUGGACGGGACCGUCUAUGACGUCAUGUUUGUCAGCACAGACCGGGGAGCCCUGCACAAAGCUGUCAGCCUGGACAACGACGUGCACGUCAUCGAGGAGACCCAGCUUUUCCAGGACGCAGAGCCAGUCCAGACCCUGCUGCUGUCUUCAAAGAAGGGCAGGAGGUUUGUCUAUGCCGGCUCCAACUCGGGCGUGGUCCAGGCCCCCCUGGCCUUCUGUGCGAAGCACGGCACCUGCGAGGACUGCGUGCUGGCUCGGGACCCCUACUGUGCCUGGAGCCCGCCGGCAGCCACCUGCGUCGCCCUGUACCAGGCCGAGGGCCCCAGCAGGGGACUGAUCCAAGACAUGAGUGGCGACGCCUCCACGUGCCCCGAUAAAGUUAAAGAAAGUUACCGGCAGCAUUUUUUCAAGCAUGGCGGCACAGCGGAACUGAAGUGCUCCCACAAGUCCAACCUGGCCCGGGUGUUCUGGAAGUUCCAGAACGGCGUGUUAAAGGCCGAGAGCCCCAAGUACGGUCUUGUGGGCAGAAAAAACUUGCUCAUCUUCAACCUGUCGGAGGGAGACAGUGGGGUGUACCAGUGCCUGUCAGAGGAGCGGGUCAGGAACAAGACGGUCUUCCAGGUGGUUGCCAAGCACGUCCUGGAGGUGAAGCUGCUCCCGCGGACCCCGGCAGUGCCCACCUCGCCGGCUGUUCAGACGGAAGGCAGUCGGGUUGCCCCAAAAGUGUCAGCCGUGUCCACCCCGGGGUUCCCUCCCCCGACCCCAGCCGUGCAGGUCAGCUCCCCCAGGGCCGGCACCCCUGCUCCCAAGCCCGCGCCCACCAGCACGCCCUGCGAACCAAAGAUUGUCAUCAACACGGUUCCCCAGCUCCACUCGGAGAAGACCAUGUACCUCAAGCCCAGCGACAACCGCCUCCUCAUGUCCCUCUUCCUCCUGUUCUUCGCCCUCUUCCUCUGCCUCUUCUUCUACAACUGCUACCAGGGCUACCUGCCCGGACACUGCUUAAAAUUCCGCUCGGCCCUGCUGCUCGGGAAGAAGAAGCCCAAGUCGGACUUUUGUGACCGUGAGCAGAGCCUGAAGGAGACGUUGGUGGAGCCGGGGAGCUUCUCCCAGCAGAACGGGGAGCAGCCCAGGCCAGCCCUGGACACCGGCUACGAGACAGAGCAAGACACCAUCACCAGCAAGGUCCCCACCGACAGGGAGGACUCGCAGAGGAUCGACGAACUCUCCACCAAGGACAAGCCGUUCGACGUCAAGUGCGAGCUGAAGUUCGCCGACUCGGAUGCGGACGGAGACUGAGGCCAGCCGCACGUCCCCACCCUUGCCUCGGCCGUGACACGUCCACAUGUGGGGAGUUCCGUGUUCCUCCCGUUCGGUAGCCGCGUCUUGUGUAGCACCGCGUAGGUUAGCCAGCGUCGGCAGCCAGCCUCCGUCCUCCGUCUGUGUUCUCCUGGGUUGAGCCUGUGACUUGGUUUCUCUUUGUCCUUUUGGAAAACGACAAGCGUCGCAUCCCACGGUCGGUCAGAGCGCUUUAAGGAGUCCUGCGGGCGACGGCGCGGACUUACCUGAGCCCUUUCUGUAGUGGGGGAGGCGGCUUGACUCCCACCGGCUAGAAGAGCAUCCCUCAGCUUCCCUCCUCAUAGCAGCCACUAAAAGAUAAUUAAUUCCAGAUUGGAAAUGACAUUUUAAUUUAUCAGAUUGGUAACUUAUCGCCUGUUGUCCAGAUUGGCACAAACCUUUUCUUCCACUUAAUUAUUGUUUUAGGAUUUUACUUUGAUUGUGUUCAUGUGUUAGGUCAUUUUUUUAUUACUGAUGCACAUGUUUUAAUAUUUAGAAGAAUAUAUCUUCUAGAUUUUGUUAUAUAUUGGGAUAAAAUACGGCUUACGUUGCUUAAGAUUCUCAGGGAUAAACUUACUUUUGCUAAAUGCAUUCUUUCUGCUUUUAGAAAUGUAGACCUAAAACCAUCUCUUGAGCACACUCACCUUUUUUUUUUUUAACUUUAUUCCUCGAGGGAAGUACCAUUUUCAGAGAGAUCUUUUUUUCUGUGAUUUUUUUUCCCCCUCUUUUUCUUUUUACUCUCUUGAAGAGGAGGUCUGUCCCAUGCCCAAGGGGCGAGGCUGGGGCCCAGAGGAGGGCGUGCUGCGGCCGGUGCCCGCGGCUGCCAGACACGACCUCCUGUCCAGGCAGAUGGAACUGUCACAGGACGCCUUUGGUUCUCUGAACAUUCCUUUCUCUUUUUGCUUCAAUUCCACGCCUGCCGCCCGCCCCGACUUCCCAGUCGACCCGACCGAGCUGUCCACACGGGAGGGGAGCUGGGCCUCGGGCUGUGACCGCGCACCCCCAAGGGUGCACCCCUGCUCUGCCAGCCGCUGUCAUAAAGAUGCGAAUGGUGGUACGAUCUCAACGCGCACUGAUUUUACGCUCUGUCUCCCUGCUAUGUAAAUACCGGUUGAAAGGAGACUUUUUCCCGUGGCAGAGAGGAGUAAACUCUGGACUUUGUGUGCCUGUGUGGACAGUCUCGUCUUGCAGCGUGAUGUGAUUGGACCAUUUUGGUGUAAACAUUUGUGUUUUAUAAGAUUUACCUUGUUUUUAUUUUUCUACUUUGAAUUGUGUAAAUUGGAAAGUGCCCGAAUAAAUGAGAAGCUUCUAUCCUUGA